AUCAGUACCAAUCCCAUGAAAGCCAAAAAAGGAAAAAUGACUCGUCUCUCAGUUUACUUCCUGUCAUUGAAAUGAAGGAGUUCGAUGAAUUAAACUCGAGAGCUUUAACAGAAUCGUCACCAUAAGUCUUCCAAGGGUAAUGUCGACUAUUGCUACUGUCGAUUAAUCAUUUAAAUACUCUCGCAUGCAACAUUCCGAGUGGUUGGAUUUGAACGGUUUCCUGAUGUGGGUGCUUGAAAUGUCUGGACUCCAGUCUCUCCAUAACACAAAGAGCGAGGACAAUUGAAUAUUUAACGCCAGUCAUCAGCAACAUUGUCACUGGCCCUUCCAAAAGCUCUCCUCCUCUUGUUAAAGGAACAUUAACAAUGUAACAAAAGCACGCACUCAUGGCCGUUAAAGCCACGUGGUGAGCCAAUUCAAAUUCGAGAGAACGUUGCUCGGACGAACUGGCACGAAAGUUGGCGAUUGAAUAGAGACAGAACAUGUUUCAGAAACAUCAUCGAGCAAACUGCGAUUCGAAACACAACGGUAACGGCCGUCAAUCCAGUCGUUCGUUGUGGCCGGUAAAAGGUAAAGAGCGAGCAAGGUGGUUGGUGUGAUUCCGGGUGUGUUUAAAAAGUAUUAUGGCUUCGUUCCGGUACACCCACGCGGUCGUAUGUAGGAUACCGUCAUCUCUUAGUACGAAAGCUCAAAUCGAUAUGGACGAGGCGAAGAAACAACACGAGGCUUACGUGCGUCUCCUUCGGGAAAUAGGGUUAGAUGUCAUUGAACUUCCUCCGGAUGAAACCCUUCCGGAAUGUGUUUUUGUGGAGGACACGGCGGUGGUUUGUAAUGGGACGGCACUCAUCACAAGACCUGGUGCACUCGACAGGACUAAAGAGAUAGAUACAAUACGAGUGGUAUUAAAAAAAGAACUAGACCUACCAAUAAUAGAAAUCUCGGACCAUACGGCGACAUUGGACGGGGGUGAUGUAUUAUUCACAGGUAGGGAAUUUUUUGUUGGAAUAUCAGAAUGGACGAAUGAAGCUGGUGCUGGUGGAGUUGCAGCUGCUUUUCCAGAAUAUCCCUGUACCCCCAUAAAGGUUCCAGGAAGAAAACAUCUCAAAUAUUUUGUAUCUAUGGCUGGACCAGAUUUAUUAUGUAUUGGUGCUGGCAAAGAAGCCCGAGACAUCCUGAAAAGGAUGGAACGGGAAGCUACUUAUACCUAUCAGACAAUUACAUUACCAGAAGACGAUGCUGCCAAUGUUCUUUACAUGAAUGGUACGUUGGUUCAUAGGAGUAUUGAAGAAAUACCUCAUUCUUUUAAGGUUUUCUCGGAGAAAAUAGACUACCCUAGACGAUCUAUAAAUUAUUCCCAAUUAGCAAAAAUAUCGAAUGGUUUGUCGUCAAGUUGCCUGCUGGUCAGAAGGACAAGGCAUAUUCGCAAUCUUUAAUUGCGAAAUUUGCGGUAUUAAAAAUCAGAUUUUGACUGUAACUUUUCUUAAUAUUUGUCAUUCCAAAGCUUCCAAGAUUCACAACUUCCACCGUUUUCGCUGAUUUUUCACUUUGUCUUUUCUACAUCUAUAAUAAUAAUUAUUUUUUUUGUGUUUAUUAAUUUCUGUGAUAUUACAUUAAGAUUUAUAGCCACUGACUUGAUUAGCCAAUAACAGAAACUUACGAUUAAAUAUUUUUCUACAAUCGGAUGCAAUUAUAUAUUAAUUCGCUCUUUUUUCACCAUUAAAAUAAUUUAAUUUUUGAUUAGCGGAACGAGGUGGAAAAUUAAGGAUUUAAAUAUUCUAUAAUGCCCCAUAAACAUACACCGUAGAGGCUAACACUACAAGAUAUAAAUUUUUAAACAUCAAAAAUAGUAAUUAUAUUUUUUUUUAUGCUGAUUUGUAUUCUCAUACCUUUAAUUGUUUAAAAAAAAAAAUCAGCGGUGCCAAACUUUUAUAAAAAAUCCUAACCACACUAACCCACUUUAUGCUACCAAAACAAUAUUUAUUUGCCAAUAAUUUUGCAAAAUACUUAACAAAAAUCAAUAAGUAUAUGCCGAAUGCCGACAAUAAAAAUUACAAAAAUUUUCUCAAAUAAACGACUAGGUACAGUAAGAGUCACGUAAAAAAGGACUGACUUCUAAAAGCACUCAUCAUACAACGAAGUGUUUGAGGGUCAAUUCUAUUUAACGUUAUUCUUACCACAGACGUAUUUUUUGUAUUACUAUCAACCAAAUUAUUAGAUAUCAUUCCUCUAAGUGCAUUUUUAAAUAUAAGUUUUAAAUAUGAAAUUAUUUAUUUAUGGGCAACAAAGAUGUUGAUUAUAAUGACCCGUUUUGGGUGAUAGUGUUUUGAGAAAGUCUUAUAUUUAUUUUAUUUAUUGAUUGUUCAAAAAAAUAUCUAACUAUAACGUUUUAAAUAAGAGAAACAGUGCAAAAUUAUUAUAAAAUGAUGGACGAUAAGAUUUUCUUAGUUUUAUUUUUAUAAUAAUAAAAGUAAAAAUGACGUUGUUGUUAGGAUAUUGUUAAUCCAGUGUUAAAUGAAUCUCAUUUACAAUAAUUAUUACGUACUAUAUUGUUAGGGGAAUUACCCAAGUAAUUACGUGCACAACCAUUGUACUAAUAUAUUAUGUUAUUAAAGUGAUGUAAAGAAAAAUAUGAUGCAUAUGUAUAAUUAUUUGAUUUAUAAUAAAUGUUGAAUGAUGUUACUAAAGACCGCACUUCGUUCGCAGAUAUAAGGUCCCUACUUAGGUCCACGACUCUAAAAUUGUAAUAUUCCUUAAGCUUAUUAAAACAAAAUUACUUCUAUUCAUGGCCACUGUCAGAUAAUAAACAUAAUAGAAAACGGAAAGUGCCCGCAGAAUUCAGGUUUACAAAACAAAAUAUUUUCUAAGUACGCUCCUUAUAAGAAACACAUCUGCCAACGAAAUGGGGUAUUACUUUGCAGCACCUGUAAUAUUUUAUGAGUGACAUUAUAUGUAUAGGUACACCACUGGGAGCAAAUAAAGUUUACUUUUCGUUACUUGUA